AGCAACCAUUUUUGUGUUUGCCCACAAUGCUUUGCCUAUCGCCUUGAAUCAAGUUGGCGCCUAAUCAUGAAGGAGGAAAUCAUGCCGUGAUGCGACUUCAAUUCGAGGUGAUCUGGCAACAUGGAAUACAUUGAUGAACAACAGGACUUUCAUGGAAAUUCUGAUUAUCAUUCUAGUUAUGUUGGAGCAAGGUCAUUAGAAAGACUUAAAAAGAAGAAAUGCUCAAAGGAAAGAUGGUCGUCUGAAGAGGAUGAAAAGUUGAAGAAGCUGUGUUUGGUCAUUGGGACUGAUGACUGGAGUGUCAUUUCAAGUCACUUCCCCUUCCGGACUGAUGUUCAAUGUCAGCAACGAUGGGAAAAGGUCUUAAACCCAAGCUUAGUUAAAGGUGCUUGGACAAAAGAGGAAGACGAGAAAGUCAUACAACUGGUUGCAAAGUAUGGCCCAAAGAAAUGGUCUCUUAUUGCCCAGCAUCUUGAUGGAAGAAUAGGCAAGCAAUGUAGAGAGAGAUGGCAUAAUCAUUUGAAUCCUGAUGUCAAGAAGUAUGCAUUUACAGAGGAUGAGGACAAAAUCAUUUAUGAAGCUCAUCAAGUUCUUGGGAAUCGAUGGGCAGAAAUAGCCAAGCUUUUACCCGGCAGAACUGAUAAUGCAAUUAAGAACCACUGGAAUUCAACAAUGAGACGGCAAUACGAGCCUGAAUACCAGGAAAAGAAAAGAAGAAAAAUUGAAACUACAGAAAAAAGAACACCAGGUUGUCACGAAGAGAAGAAAAUAAAGCGCAGAAUAUCGUCAGGGCAAUACGAAAUUGACUGCAAAGCACCGUUCUCUCGAUCAUGUGGCACUUUCUUCCCAAACAUACAAAAAACGCCGCCAAAUACAACUAACACCAUCAAGCAAUUUACAUUAACUGUUCUCGACUCGGGUGAUGCUGUAAAGGUCUCAAAACUGACUGAUAAGUCAAACUUGGUGGCACCAAAUGCUAUCAAACUUGAGCCACCUGAUCCUGACCCCUCCCUGCUGAUGUCGCCGUUUCCAAACGUAAAUUCCAGCGAUAUGUCUGAUAUGCUUGGAGAUGUUGGUAUGAUCGAACUUCUAUCCCCAAGGACAAUUAAAUCCAUGAACGAAGCGGCAGCACUACCGAAACCAAAGCCAGAUUUUCAUGAGGAUGAAAAAGAAAAUUUGAUUCUCGAAAGACUAUCGCGCAAUUCCCAUACUACUACAGCAGGAUGCUCUACGUCUCAUAUGAGCACGUCAAGUGCACAAACGGAAGUAUCGUCAACGUUCCACGAGAGCAAUAGAUUUACGACACCUCCUGCGAUCUUACGACGUAAGCGUAAAGCUCCUAAAGAAGUCCCACAAGCCGCUCAAUUCACGAUGACGUCAUUCCACUGUAGUUUCACGUCGCCAUCCAGACAGACACCGCUAAAGCAGCUACCGUUUUCGCCUUCGCAGUUCUUCAAUAGUCCUUCUAUGAACGAAGUCAAAAUGUACACUUCAACUCCAGCGCGAACGACUGCAGGCAGCUCGAAAACGCCACUGUGCACUCCAUCGAAGGCAGAAUCUGUCACAAAAACACCUUUAAAUGAAACUGUAAAGAUGUCAAGUGAUGGAGAACUUGAGACCCCACGAAUUAGAUACUCACUCAUUAACAAAACACCAAGAACCCCAACUCCACUCAAAAUUGCGCUUGAAAAGGUCACCUCGACGAAUAUCUUGGGUCUCGGAUCUUCUAAAUUCAUCGAUAUGUCAUCAAUAAACAUUAAAGAUGAUCCCUCGAAAAGUGACCUUGCCAUCAGCAAAGGUACUCCAGACCAUGACUAUGCCAAAGUACAGGAUGUGAGCCAGAAACCUAUCAGUCAGCAUGCCGCGUUCCGUAUGAAAACAGCAACAAGUCUUCGGCGGUCAUUAUCAUUCGAUGCACCUGAUCAGCUAGAUAGAAUCCCGGACCAGAAUUCUACUGCAGAUCAAACAUCUACGCAUUGUCCGGAGGAUACGAUAGUUUCUCACGGAUUAUUCUCUAUAUCAACGCCAACAAGCACCCCUUUCAAAUCCAAGCAAGUAACGGUAAUCCCGUUACAAGACCUCAUCGACAAUGACCAGUUCAAGACACCGUCAAGCAACUUCUUCAUUAAUGCGCUGCCACUCCAGUCUUCACAAAUAACCGACUUGUCAACUAUUUCUGAAAACGGUGCAUUCAAGGUCCCUUAUAAGAAAAGACCUCCCGUGAGAACUCUUCGGUUUCAAGAAACGCCAAUCAGAAUGAGUUCUAUUACACCUGAAAGCUUCCGAACUGUCGCUUGUGGCCAGACAGAGGACCAGAAACUCUUAACAGAGCAGGCAAGGCAAAUAAUGGCAGAAGUGAAGAAGUUCAGGCAAGCUGCACGCUCAUUGCUACUGUGAUAUCCUGACUUUUGUAAAUUAACCUUUAAAAUAUAUCGUAGCAUACACUUUCAAAGUGGGCGUUCUUAAUGUGAAAAGCGUUCGUUAUUGCGGCUUUCUCGCAGUUGUUUAAUUCGUAUGUAAAACAGAUGACGAUGGCAGGUAAGGUAUUGGGUAGUAGUUAAAACUAUGGCUGAUUUCAAUGGCUACGACAGAAAUUUUCUCUCCAAUUGUCAGGUAGGCCAUACUGCAAAGAGUCAUUUUCUUUAUGGCUAAGUCUGUUUUAAUGAUAUUUGAAACGGGAUGUGGAGUAGUAAUUGUCUUUUCAAUUAGGUAUCGUGGUGAUCAUCAGAACUUUGAUUAAAGCAAUAAUGUUAUGGAAUCAUAAUUUUAAGGAAGGCUUUUGAUUUCUUUAUAUUUUUUUGAAGCAUCGACGUGCCCACCAGAUAUUUAGCCCUGCCUUAAACCCUAUAAUCCUUCUUGGAAUUUUGGCCUCUUGAUCAGAAAUUGUAAUUAGCCAUGUGCAGAGAAAUGAUUUUCAUUUGAACAGAUUAUAAUAUGAAAGAAUGCUCUGUUUCAUUUUGGAUCAUCAUGAUAUCUGAUUGGAUAUAGGAUAUUUCUGUCGGUUUGAUAUUUAGCAUUACCAGCUUCAAAGGGAUUGACUGGAGUAUGAUUAUCCAGCUGUCAUUUUUUGACAACUUUUGAUUCAUUCAACAGAAACUUGAUUGAAGCUUUGAUUAUAGGAUAGCUGAUAAUUUGAUGGUUUGAGAGGAUUGUCGAGAUUCUUGCAUGUACGGAACGUGACUUAUGCGAUUGAAAUGUGUAGUUGAUAUUAGGUUCUUUCCAUAUGGCACGUGACUCUGCUUAAUAUUGGGAUAACUAGUAGUAUUACAUUUCAAUGAGAUUUUACUCCCGUUGGUGGAAUAUACAGAAAUGUGAAGGGAUAACGGGACAUGGGAUCAGAGAGAGCAGUUUAAUUUUGCCUCCUGCACAUGAGAGAUACCAGAUACCGUAAAUUCUCGAAUUUCCCCCAAAGCCCCCCCCCCCCCAUUCUAUGAGCCUUCAUCCAAAAUAUUUCAAAUUGAUAAACCCCCGGAGGGGGGCUAAUUUGAGAGUUUACAGUAUUUCAGAUGUAUAUUGGUUAGCCGGUAGCCUGUUGCGGGGAAAAGACAUUGUCCUGUAAACGUCUAGCUCCUAGAAAACUCCUGAAUAGCCCCCCCCCCCCUUUUGAUUUAUUGCUUUGCUUUUAUACAGUUUAUUAAUUAAAAGAACCGAUUUCGUUGAUAGAUUUAAGGGGGUAAGCCUUGAAAUGCGUUAAUCAUAGUUAUAGACAUAAGUUGUAAACCUUUAGCCAUACCGUGUAAAUAAGUGGUAUCGACAGUUGAUUGAUUUUUGUUGUUGAUUUUAUGUUGAUUUUAUGUAGAAUGCUGGAAAUUGCUUAAUGAUUUGGUUUGAUAUUGGUAUGUCGAUGCAGCCAUGUAAGUAUUAUUAGAUACCACAGAUACCACUGAAAAUACGACUUCUUUCUGCGUUGAAAAGUCUUUGUAUGUUAUCCUACAUCGUAUUUGUUUUGCAAUAUUACACCCAUUUAUGGCGACAUGAUUGCUAACGGUUUUUUCAAGUACGAAAUAAAUAUAAAGUAGCUAUUCUAGUUAUGUUUCUAAAGAAUAAACUUUUAAGACAAUAAAAUGUUUCUUUGAAAAAAUACGUUGACAUUGAAUUGUUAUGACAUUAAUGUUCUAUACCAAACUACACUUUGUUAAUCUAUAUCAUAACAUCCCAUGCUAUUCG